AGGGAAGCAGCCUCACUUCCAAAGCGCCAACGGUCUUGCCGAUAAAUUCUUAAUCCAGCUCAUGCUCACGCUUUUCGGGCAAAUUAACUCCCCAAAAAGCACAAAUCAAAGCUCUCGUCUCUCCCCCACCGGCGACCUCGCUACAGUGCCCCCCAAUCAAGCUCUCGCUUCACUGGCCCAGAGCUCCAGCCAUAAGAACCCUAGCUCCGGAAUUUCCCCAAAUGUAGGGUCCCGAUCGCCGCUCUCAUGGCGCUGGCUCGUGUCGCGGCUGAUGUCUCCACUUCGUCCUGCGUGUGCGGCCAGGGGGAUCCCAAUCGGAUCGCCUCGCUGUCUCUUCUGCGCUUCGCUCAGGCGGCGACCGUCUCCAGAAUCGGCGUCCGCGGGGUCGUGAGCGGGCCGCGUCCGAUGGAGAGAGCGGUCGGGGUCCGCGCGUGGAGAUUGAAGGCCGCCGAGACGGCUCGCAUUUUGGAGAAUCCGACGUCUCGUAACGCCGUCGACAUCCCCGUCACUUGUUAUCAGCUUCUUGGUCUCCCUGAUCAAGCAGAGAAAGAUGAGAUCGUAAAGUCUGUUAUGCAAUUGAAACGUGCUGAAGUAGAGGAGGGUUACACAAUGGAUGCCGUCAAAUCUCGAGAGGCUCUUCUUAUGGACGUGAGGGAUAAACUUCUUUUUGAACCAGAAUAUUCUGGAAAUAAGAGGGGAAAAGUCCUACCUAAAUCAUCUCUUAGAAUUCCAUGGUCUUGGUUGCCUGGCGCUCUCUGUCUCCUUCAAGAGGUUGGAGAAGAAAAACUGGUGCUAAAUAUUGGUCAAGCAGCUCUUCAACAUCCAGAUGCAAAACCACAUGUUCAUGAUCUGCUUCUAUCUAUGGCACUAGCCGAGUGUGCAAUUGCGAAGAUUUGCUUUGAGAAGAACAAAGUGUCGCAAGGAUUUGAAGCCCUGGCUCGUGCUCAGUGUCUUCUCAGAAGUAAGAUUUCCCUUGGAAAAAUGCCAUUACUGUCUCAGAUCGAAGAAUCUUUGGAGGAGCUUGCCCCUGCUUGCACUUUGGAAUUGCUAGGCAUGCCUCAUUCUUCUGAAAAUGCUGAACGGAGACGGGGAGCACUUGCAGCAUUGCGUGAAUUGCUGAGGCAGGGCCUUGACGUGGAAACUACAUGCAGAGUCCAAGAUUGGCCUUGUUUUUUAGACCAAGCACUGAGUAGACUUAUGGCUACAGAAAUAAUAGAACUUCUCCCCUGGGAUGAUCUAGCGAUGACAAGGAAGAACAAGAAAUCUCUAGAAUCUCAAAAUCAGAGGGUGAUUGUUGAUUUUGAUUGCUUCUACGUGGUGCUGAUAGCUCAUAUUGCUCUCGGAUUUUCAGCAAAGCAAAUGGAGUUGAUCAACGGGGCAAAAGUUAUUUGCGAAUGCUUGAUAGCAUCGGAAGGUAUCGAUCUGAAAUUUGAGGAAGCCUUUUGCUUAUUCCUUCUUGGUCAGGGUAGUGAGGCUGAGGUGGUUCAAAGACUUCACCAGCUGGAAAUAAAUUCCAAUUCCACUACACAGAGGUCACUUACAAGAAAAGAAAUCAAAGAUGUUUCUGGUGCAAGUCCAUCUUUGCAGGAACAGUGGCUGAAAGAUGCAGUUCUUACUUUAUUUGCGGAUACACAAGAUUGUUCCCCAUCAUUGGGUCAUUUCUUUAGUGGUGAAAAAAGAUCUGCUCAAAAGAAAAGCAAACGAGCGGUAGAAACCAUGUCUUCGGUGAACCACAGGCCACUAUCCACUUCUCUAGCAACAAACAGAAGAGAAUUUGAUGAAUCUCUUCCUACCUCAAGUUCCUCCCGACACCUUGGAUUGGCCGUUAAGCAGUUGACUGAUAUUCAGAGCUCGGAUAUGGUCGGUCAGAACAGCAGUGGAAGCAACAUUAGCUCACCCUCUGUUCAAAUGAAGAGAAGGCUUGGUGUACACCAUGGUAGCAUUUUGGAUAUGAUGUGCAGUGAGAAGAAUAUAAUUGGCCGGAUUGUCUUUGUUACAGUAUUGGGUUGCUUUAUGUUCAUAACCCUUAGGCCACUGAGCAAGAGUGUGAUAAGGAUGACCAAUGGAUCUAGAUGGAUCUCUACUAGCAUAGUUGACAGGGAUGUAGGAUCGACUGACUGUUCUGCUCACCUUGAGGGAAAUGGCAUCACCAACAGAGUGGACAAAUUGUUGACCGUGGUGAAGAAGCAGUUUGAAAGCUUCUCUGGUUCUAAAAGUGCAAGCAAUUCAUUUUUGGCUGCUGGUUUGUUCUCAUCAACCGCAGGCGUUCACAGGAGUGCGAUGCAAUUGGAGGAUGCUGAAUCUCUUGUGAAGCAGUGGCAAACAAUCAAAGCUGAGGCUCUAGGGCCCGAUCAUCAAGUUCAGUUCCUUCCUGAAAUACUUGAUGAGUCCAUGCUAGUUCAGUGGCAAGCUUUGGCUGACAAGGCAAAAGCCAGGUCUUGUUAUUGGAGGUUUGUCCUGUUGCAACUCUCUGUCCUUCGUGCUGAGAUUCUUUCAGAUGGGAUGGGCGUAGAGAUGGCUGAAAUUGAUGCUCUCCUGGAGGAAGCUGCUGAGCUUGUUGAUGAAUCUCAGCCAAAGAACCCAAAUUACUACAGCUCUUAUAAGAUUCAUUACGUCCUAAAGAAGCAAGAGGAUGGAUCAUGGAAGUUCUGUAAAGGCGAAGUGCAAGCUCCUUCAUGACAUUAGUCUUGGUUUUCAGAUGCAUGGCUAGAAAUAGUUCGUGAUGGCUAACUUUCC